GCAUAUAUUCGUAUUAUAUAAUAUAUUCAACUGGCGUGGUACUCAAAGCAGCCCCUUUCUACAAAAGGAAUAUUAUACAUUUUCUCCGAUAAGACAACAUCAAAUAAUACAAAAGAUGUCUGAUCCAUGCAACUGCUUAGAAACUGGAAACUGUUUGUGCGCAGACACUUGUCCAUCAAGUGGAUGUAAAUGUGGAGCCGGGUGUAAAUGUGGACCCAGUUGCAAGUGUCCCGGAUGUAAAGUCAAAUGCAACUGCAGUGGAACCUGCGCUUGCGGAAAGGGUUGCACGGGACCUGAAAAUUGUAAAUGUACCGACAGUAUCUGCCUCUGCAAAAAAUGACUGGCUGGUCACCUAACAGAAUUCCAUUGUAAAGAACAAAAUAAAUGCAUAAUAUUCCAUAAA